AUGAAUAUAAAAAUAGCCUUCAUCGCUACCUUAUUCCUUGCUUUCGCACUGGCAGAAGACAAUGAGCUGGGAAUUGUACAAGAAAAUGAAAUUGAAGAGGCUUUGAAAGACAUCAAUUUAGAUGAAGACUUGCAGCUCUUAGAUCAUGAAGAUGAUGAAAUGGAGGAUAAUAUUGAGAGAUUAGCGGCUAUGAAAAAGAAAUCUAAGAAGGCUUGGUGGAUAUUUUUUUUAAUCAUCGAAUCUUUAAAAUCGAUUUUAUAUUUGGGGCUAUACAUAUUCAAAUUGUAUAGCGGUUGUAUAUUGAUUAAUACCUUAUUUUUUUAUUUUAAUUAUGCGACAUUAACCCGCUCAAUCUACUUAAUGGAAUGUGUGGGUAUUACAGCGCGUAAGUGA